UGUACGAAAACACUGAUGGUAAAAUCAUCGAUGGCAGUAUACUGAAUAGUUAUGUACCAUCGAAUGUACUGUAUGUGUGUGUGAUGCUUAGAUGCUGGGCGUCCCCUCCCCACCGGCUUCUCAUUACCCAGCAUGCAGCGGGGAAUCUAACACCAAGAUGGCGGACACUAUGGAGGAAUAUGAGAAAGACGCUGGCUGCGUCCCUAUCCUGCACCCAGAGGAAAUCAAGACACAGGGUCAUUUUAAUCAUGGGUACAGCACUGAAGCCAUGGGACGUAAAAGCCACAUGGAUGACUAUAGCACAUGGGAUAUAGUCAAAGCCACACAGUAUGGAAUCUACGAACGUUGCAGAGAGCUGGUUGAAGCAGGCUACGAUGUGCGACAACCUGACAAAGAGAAUGUAACUCUGCUUCACUGGGCUGCCAUCAACAAUAGGAUAGAUCUUGUAAAAUUCUACAUAUCUAAGGGUGCUAUUGUGGACCAACUUGGAGGGGACCUAAACUCCACUCCUCUUCACUGGGCAACAAGACAGGGGCAUCUAUCUAUGGUUGUACAGCUCAUGAAAUAUGGCGCUGACCCCUCACUCAUUGAUGGAGAAGGCUGCAGUUGUAUUCACCUAGCAGCCCAGUUUGGGCAUACAUCGAUUGUGGCAUAUCUCAUAGCAAAGGGACAGGAUGUCGAUAUGAUGGAUCAGAACGGAAUGACUCCAUUAAUGUGGGCAGCUUAUAGGACACAUAGUGUGGAUCCAACUAGGUUACUUCUUACCUUUAACGUGUCUGUAAGUCUUGGAGAUAAAUACCACAAGAACACUGCGUUACAUUGGGCUGUUCUGGCCGGAAACACUACAGUUAUUAGCUUGCUCCUAGAUGCUGGUGCCAAUGUUGAUGCUCAGAAUAUUAAGGGAGAGUCGCCGCUUGAUUUGGCAAAACAGAGGAAAAAUGUUUGGAUGAUCAACCACUUGCAGGAGGCUAGACAAGCCAAAGGCUAUGACAAUCCCUCAUUCCUCAAAAAGCUAAAGGCAGACAAGGAUUUCCGUCAGAAAGUGAUGCUAGGAACGCCAUUCCUGGUUAUCUGGCUGGUUGGUUUUAUUGCGGACCUUGACAUUGAUUCCUGGUUAAUAAAAGGUCUUAUGUAUGGUGGAGUUUGGGCAAUGGUACAGUUUCUAUCAAAAUCCUUCUUUGAUCACUCAAUGCAUAGUGCACUUCCACUUGGGAUAUACCUGGCAACCAAGUUUUGGAUGUAUGUCACCUGGUUCUUCUGGUUUUGGAAUGAUCUGAACUUUCUGUUCAUCCACCUUCCAUUCUUGGUUAAUAGUGUUGCCCUGUUUUACAACUUUGGCAAAUCUUGGAAAUCCGAUCCUGGCAUUAUAAAGGCCACAGAGGAACAAAAGAAAAAGACAAUUGUAGAGCUUGCUGAAACUGGUAGUCUUGAUCUGAGUAUAUUCUGCAGCACCUGUUUGAUAAGAAAACCUGUGCGAUCUAAGCACUGUGGCAUUUGCAAUCGUUGUAUUGCAAAGUUUGACCAUCAUUGUCCUUGGGUCGGCAAUUGUGUGGGUGCAGGAAACCAUCGUUAUUUCAUGGGUUACCUUUUUUUCCUGCUUUGCAUGAUUUGUUGGAUGAUAUACGGCUGUAUUUCCUAUUGGGGAAUUCACUGUGACACAACAUACAACAAGGAUGGAUUUUGGACAUAUGUGACACAAAUUGCCACCUGUUCACCAUGGAUGUUCUGGAUGUUCCUCAAUAGUGUGUUUCACUUAAUGUGGGUGGCUGUGUUACUGAUGUGUCAGAUGUACCAGAUAUCUUGUUUGGGAAUUACUACAAAUGAACGGAUGAAUGCAAGGCGAUACAAGCAUUUCAAAGUUACAACCACAUCAAUUGAAAGCCCUUUCAACCAUGGAUGUAUCAGAAAUAUCAUAGACUUCUUUGAAUUCCGAUGCUGUGGCCUCUUCCGCCCUGUAACUGUGGACUGGACACGGCAAUACACAAUAGAGUAUGAACAAACAUCAGGCUCAGGCUACCAGCUGGUGUAGUCAACCACCAUUCUGACAUGAUCCUAUACGGGUGGUGCCUGAAUAUGUCUGUUUGUCUCUUGCGAAAACUUGCCCCUUGAACUAUAGCAUGCUGUUUGUAGGGCUAUUGAUUACAGUACCUUCUCUGUCAGCAUUUUAUCAGCCACAGUGACCAUGGACAGGUCCUUCUGCCCGCACUGAUGUAGAGGAAGAAGAUAAGGAGGAGGAUUUUAACAGAUCCUUGUAUUGGGAUUAUUUUGAACAACCGUGAAUUUGAAAUCUGUGUUUUUGUUGUUUUUGUUUUUUUUAUAUUAUUUAUUUGCACCAUUCAAACAAAAAAAAGCAUGACAUUGUUCUCUCUACAUGCUUGUCUUAUUCUGCUUGAACAAAAUCCAUAUUUUUCCUUUUUUUCCUUCUGCAUACGCCCAGUGUGAAGUAAGGCUGUGUAAUACACCAUCAUAAUCUCCCAAUGUGAGCUAGCUUGAUCUAAGAUACUGUGGCAUUUUAUUCCUGUAAUGUGAUCUCCCACAGUUGUACUUCUAUUAUAGUAUCAUUGCAAAUGUGAGUCUUGAUGUUGGGCUGCAGAAUCUGAGUUUCUAUUGGCCAUUUAGCCUGUUGGGCUAACUUGGUGAGACGGGCACAUGAAGAUAAUGUCUAAAAACUGAAUAUCCGUAUCCCUACAUUUUAUUACUGUCAGCUGUUCUUACCAUCUGUUUCUGGAUCGUGGAAAUGUUUUGCCUUUCUGCAGUCGAGCAGUGCUCUGCAUUUUCAGGCAAGUAGUGUUCUGUAGGAUCAUGAGGAAACACCAUAGUAAAUCAGAAGAACAAGUCAUUGAGAGCUUGCUCUGCAUUUUUGAUGACUGGCUAUGCGGCUCACAUCCUGAAUAAAGCAGUCUCAUAUUGGCAAGACAGCACUGGAUACAGAUAUAGAUUGAAAAGAAAUACAGUAGCCUAUUUUCUUCCAUUUUGUUUCACAUGUGCAAUUAGAAUCUGUCUCUCUAUGCUAGUAUGGGGGAUGUAAACUAAGGCACAUAUAUAUAAAUAUAUUAUAAGAUACUUUAUAAUGAUAACAUGUUAUAGUGGUUGUGCACUGAAAAACAAACUAAAAACAAAAAAAAAUAAGUGUUUAGCUAAAAAUUCUUACAGGGCGUCAUCACAUGAGCAGUCACACUUUUAUAGUGUGGGAAGAUAAAAAACAAACUGUGGUGUAAUAAUCUCUGUUGAGUCUUAAAAAAACGUCAAUCACAAACUAGUUCUCUUAAUUUUCUGAUACAUAACUCUGGAGAUUGUUUGCGGUCUAUAAAAUCACCUCAGUAUAAGUUUUGUGAAUUGCACAAUAAUACAUAAAAAGAAAAAUAUUUGCGAGAACCUUGCAUAUGAUAACCAUUGUCCUGUACCUAUAGUUAGAGUAGGCAUUAAACAAGGAAAAUCACAAUUUGUGCUAUAACGUUACUAUGUUCCGACAGUGAUACCAUAUAAUUGCUUUCACAAUUUCACACUACAUUUUUGGUAAAUUAAAGUAAAAGUGUAAGCAUAUAAUGGCUACCAUUUACAAAUUGCUGUAAUCAGCUCUCCAGUUGUGGGACUAAACAUCCUUGGGUUAAAGGCUGAUAUUUUUUCUCUUUAUUUGGUGAGUACAUUUGAUUGCAAUAUCCAGCUAACAACACUCCCAUGGUUAUUUUCAUAUGCUCAUAAAUUGAGCUUCUGGAUACCCUUUAUCUGUAGUGAACAGGUCCUUUCUAGUUGUAUCCUUUUGUUCAGUUUCAUCUUGGUUUUUUUUCUCAAGACUCGGUCAUACGAACAAAACACUAUUAAUGCCACAUAUGUUCUCAGUACGCUGGGUUGCCAAAUAAUGCCUUUUCUAUCUAGUUAUAAAAAAGGCAAAAAGUACUCACUUUAAGACUACACUUUUUUUUUUUUUUUUUUGCAAAAAACAUUUUUGUAAAAAAGUUUUUAAACCUAAUCUAUAAAUGUAUUGUGCAAAAAAUCUAUUCCUUGCAUAACAGGAAUAACACUGAAUUUGCUUACUCUUUGAAUAUAUGUAAGCAGCACUAAUAAGUGCUUAUAAAAUUAAAUGGAAACACAAUUUGUGUGGUCCCAGAGGCAUCAAAAUAAUCUGUUUUGUUUUUGCUAGUAAUCAAAUAGCAUUUUUCAGGUAAGUAACACUGUGGCAUUUACGCAGCAAAUUGAAGUUAGGAAUAUUGUGAACCAAUUUGCACCACCUUUUAUAAUAAGGUCUGAAUGGAGUAGAUCUAUAUAUUAUCAAUACAGGGAUUGUUAUGUUUCUUUACAAGAUUACGAAGUAUGUUUUAUCACGCUAGAUUGACAUUUAUCUAGACAUUAUCAUUUCAUAUGGUGUAUAAGGCAGUUUGCUGUAUCACUUAGCAAUCUAUGCUUCGUAAUGCAGCAUUGCCUUUUGCACAUGUUGCUAAAUAACUCCCUAUUUAUGUGACUCUUCAUUUCUCCUUCUCAUUGACUCUUCAAAUGAGAACUAUUGAGCAGAAUGCUUUACGGAAUGCGGUACAAUUAUAGGGAGAAACAAAUGAGAAAAAAUACUGUGCUGUACAAACUAGCAGUGAUCCCACACUAAUGUAUGUGUAAAUAACCCAACUAUAUACGUUUAUUAGUAAAUGAAAGGGAAAUAUUACCUCCUAUGAGAGACACUGUUAAGUUUAAAAAAAAAUGGUUCUGCUUGGCUCAGUAUACGUUUUAGAAGUAAUUUUGAUUAGGAUAUUCUGGCCAAUAAAAGCACGGGUGUGUCCAGCAUAUUCCCAUGACACUGACUAGCAUGCAGUUUCCUUGUAUAAUAAUUUAUUUCCUCGGUAUCCUAUAACUAGAAAGCUGAAGCAGUGGGAAGCAGAAACAUUGUCAGUUGCAGCUAUGCACAAGAGGCAGAUUUGAGUGUAAAGAAUGUUGUAUCUGUAUAUAGUUACCUUCUUUUGACGUCCGUUUCACUUUACUAUGUGCUAGUAUAAUGCUGCUCUUUUUUUAUUUCAUUUUAUUAAACCAAAAACUUAGUGGUAAAUGAUGAGCUUUUAAUGUUCUCCCAUCUGUAAACUCACAACUGGCAGAUCUUUGUCAAAUAAUUACAUUACAAACACUAAGGGGUCUAUUCAUGAAGCAGUGAAAAGAAUGGAGAAACGGACCAGUGGUGAAGUUGCCCACAGCAACCAAUCAGCUUUGAAGAAAGCCUUUAUCGAGUACAUUCUAUAAAAUGUAAGGGAGAUGCUGAUUGGUUGCCAUGGGCAACUUCACUGUUUUCACUGCUUCAUGAAUAGACACCUAAAGCAUUUUAUUUGUAUUUCUGAUCCUUGCCUUCUUUUUAUAGACCAAGCAGGUGUUUGCCAGUAUUUCAGUUUGUUAUAAUGCAUGUUAACACAACAGACACAUCAUUUGCAAGUUCCAUUUCUGCACACUUUCUCAUUCUAUGUGUAGUACUUGAAUGAUAGCUGUUGGAGAAAUGUAUUCUUUUAAAGAUACUGUAUACAAUGUAUCAUUGCAUUUUAUGUCUUUCUGUCUCCCCCUUAUCUGUUUUGUUAAUAUCUGAAGCAUUAUUCAGUUGCUUCACAUGUGCUCCUCAAAUGCCUUGCCAUUCACUUGAAUAUAUUGCUGGGAAGAAAAGAAAACAAAUUUCCAACACACCUAUAGUUAUUUUCAGAUGAGGAGUAUAACAGCAACCAUGCUGGGCUGCUGUUAUUUCUGAAGUCUAUGUUGCUGUGAUGAGAUUAUUAAUAUAAUUUGCACCUGUACUUGUUAGAUAGCCCUGUUUUUUAUUUGACCUGUUUUAUUCCAGCUGGUCAUCACUAAAAAUGAACCUUUCCACAAUUUUUAUUUCCAUUAACUGUACGUUAGGUCUUAAAAUUAAUGAAAAUGUAUCCGUUGUAUAAAAAAAAACAACAACAAUAUUUGACCUGUCAGUCAUUAUGUAUAUAAAGGUUUGUUAAACCAUUAGUUAUAAUAAAUAAUACCUUAUCCUAUGGAUGGGCAAUAGAUUAAAACCAAUGUCCAAUAAGGGAGAGCUCCGCUCAUGAAGUGUUCCCUUUACCUCUGAAGAGAUCCAGGCAGCAGUCCAUAUCGGGACUGUUGUUACCUCAUGAGCUCUAUAGGGACUGCUAUAUUUUGAGAACCCUGCAGGCUCUGGUGAAACGGAGGUGAAGAGAGGGAGCAAUUCAAAUAGUCCUACAUUCACAUUGCACAGCUAGACUACCUGUACUCCGUUAUCUUUCAGGGGUUAUUUUGGUUGGGACAACUUUUUUCUUGGAAUUUCUUCUUCAGUGACAUUUGUAUGAACAGAUAUUCAGAUUACAGUGAAGGAAUUUGGCUGAUAUGGAAAUAUAACUUUUAGAUUUACGUGUGUGUCUAGAAACUCGGCAGUGUCCUUUUUUUCACACCUGUCUGCACUAUAUUUUUGUUUAUUUGUAUUUUGUUUUUCUCUAACUGAAUAGAUGUAUUUUUUUUAAUAUGUCAAUCUAUUUGCACAUAAAUGCUAUUUUAGUCUUUUGUUAAUACACACUUUUUUUUAUUUUUUUAAAUAAAUUAUACAGUUGAUGCUGUAUAAUUAUAUGCACUGAUAAUCUACAGUUACACUGAUUGGCUGCCUAUCUACAAGCAGUACUUAGUACAAAAAAAGCAUGAUUGGAAAAGGGGCAAUGGUAUCUGGAAAAUCAUAUCUAGAAGUUAUGAAGUUUUGUAUAGUUAAUCUAACCUAGUUGAAGAACUGUGUCCUUUGUUCCCUACAUGCUUUUUGGUUUUAUUUCAUAUUUGCGAGCCAACUGCAAGAAUUCUGCAAUACAACAUUUUUUAAGCUAUUGAAUUGUAUGUAUAUUUCAUUUUGUAUUUAUUUAACUGUGCCAAGUAUUAUUUUACUACUGUCUGUCUUGACGUACUACAUUGUGAGCAACAGAAAUUGUACAUUUCAUAAUUUAGCUCUCCUUACAUAAGUUAAUUUAAUCAUUUUUUGUAAGUUAUUAAUCAAAUAAAUAUUGACAAUUC